GGCGGGCGGCGCGGGAGGAAGCGGCGGCGUUGGCUCCAUGGCCCGGGCGCGCUGAGGGACCCGGCUCUCGCCUCAGCCCGGCGGCGGCGGCGGCGGCCGAACAAUGAAGCUCCUGAAGCCGACCUGGGUCAACCACAAUGGCAAGCCUAUUUUUUCAGUUGAUAUUCACCCUGACGGGACCAAGUUUGCAACUGGAGGACAAGGGCAGGAUUCUGGGAAGGUUGUGAUCUGGAAUAUGUCUCCAGUCCUCCAGGAGGAUGAUGAGAAGGAUGAAAAUAUUCCCAAGAUGCUUUGCCAGAUGGACAAUCACUUAGCAUGUGUGAACUGUGUGCGGUGGUCAAACAGUGGGAUGUAUUUAGCUUCUGGGGGAGAUGACAAACUGAUUAUGGUGUGGAAGCGGGCUACGUACAUCGGCCCCAGCACUGUGUUCGGCUCCAGUGGUAAGCUUGCCAAUGUGGAGCAGUGGCGGUGUGUCUCCAUCCUCCGGAAUCAUUCAGGCGAUGUGAUGGAUGUAGCAUGGUCUCCCCAUGACGCCUGGCUAGCCUCGUGCAGUGUGGAUAACACCGUCGUCAUCUGGAAUGCUGUCAAGUUCCCAGAAAUUCUAGCUACUCUGAGAGGUCAUUCUGGCUUGGUCAAAGGGUUGACGUGGGACCCUGUUGGUAAAUACAUAGCCUCUCAAGCUGAUGACCGCAGCCUAAAGGUGUGGAGGACACUAGAUUGGCAGCUGGAGACCAGCAUCACCAAGCCUUUUGAUGAGUGUGGAGGAACGACACAUGUGUUGCGGCUCAGCUGGUCACCUGAUGGGCAUUACCUGGUAUCUGCCCAUGCCAUGAACAAUUCAGGCCCCACUGCCCAGAUCAUUGAACGGGAGGGAUGGAAGACCAACAUGGACUUUGUAGGGCACCGGAAAGCUGUGACUGUCGUGAAAUUCAACCCAAAAAUCUUCAAAAAGAAGCAGAAGAAUGGGAGUUCUACGAAGCCCAGCUGCCCAUACUGCUGCUGUGCUGUUGGCAGCAAGGACCGCUCGCUUUCUGUCUGGCUCACAUGUCUGAAACGGCCACUGGUAGUCAUCCAUGAACUGUUUGACAAAUCCAUCAUGGACAUUUCCUGGACUCUGAAUGGGCUUGGCAUCUUGGUGUGCUCCAUGGAUGGCUCUGUGGCAUUCCUUGACUUCUCCCAGGAUGAGCUUGGAGAUCCCUUAAGCGAGGAGGAGAAGAGCCGCAUUCACCAGUCCACCUAUGGCAAGAGCCUGGCCAUCAUGACUGAGGCCCAGCUCUCCACAGCCGUCAUUGAGAACCCUGAGAUGCUCAAGUACCAGCGGAGACAGCAGCAGCAGCAGCUGGAGCAGAAAAGUGCCUCGACCAGGGAGACAGGCUCAGCCACCUCAGUUGCAGGUGUCGUCAAUGGGGAGAGUCUUGAAGAUAUUAGGAAGGAAAUCCUAGAUGCUAAGAAUAGUGGAUUUCAGGCUCUGACCUUAAGAGACUUCUGUGGGCUCCCCUUCUUCAUCUGGAAGCCAUGUUUCAUGAAAAGGGAUUGGAAAAGGAAUCUUUUGAAGAAGCAAGUUGAGACUCGGACGGCAGAUGGUCGAAGAAGAAUCACACCUCUCUGCAUAGCACAGCUGGACACUGGGGACUUCUCCACGGCAUUCUUUAACAGCAUCCCCCUCUCGGGCUCCUUGGCGGGCACCAUGCUCUCUUCUCAUAGCAGUCCACAGCUACUGCCACUGGACUCCAGUACCCCUAACUCCUUCGGCGCCUCGAAGCCUUGUACAGAGCCUGUGGUGGCUGCCAGUGCCAGACCUGCAGGCGAUUCUGUCAAUAAGGACAGUAUGAAUGCUACCUCUACUCCUGCUGCAUUGUCACCUUCUGUGUUAACGACCCCGUCCAAGAUUGAACCCAUGAAAGCAUUUGACUCCCGGUUCACAGAGCGAUCCAAAGCCACGCCAGGCGCUCCUGCCCUGACCAGCGUGACCCCAACAGCCAUGGAAAGGUUAAAAGAGCAGAACCUUGUGAAAGAGCUGAGGCCGCGAGACCUCCUGGAGAGCAGCAGUGACAGUGAUGAGAAGGUCCCUUUGACUAAGCCUUCCUCACUGUCCAAGCGAAAACUUGAGCUUGAGGUAGAGACAGUAGAGAAGAAGAAGAAAGGGCGGCCUCGGAAGGACUCUCGUCUCAUGCCUGUGUCUCUGUCUGUCCAGUCUCCAGCUACCCUAACUGCAGAAAAGGAGGCCAUGUGUCUGUCUGCACCAGCACUUGCACUGAAGCUGCCAAUUCCAGGCCCUCAGAGAGCAUUCACCCUCCAGGUCAGCUCUGAUCCCUCCAUGUACAUUGAGGUGGAGAAUGAAGUGACAGUGGUGGGGGGCGUGAAGCUGAGCCGCCUGAAGUGCAACCGGGAAGGGAAGGAGUGGGAGACAGUGCUCACCAGCCGGAUCCUCACUGCUGCAGGCAGCUGUGACGUGGUGUGUGUCGCCUGUGAAAAAAGGAUGCUGUCAGUGUUCUCCACCUGUGGUCGCCGUCUCCUCUCUCCCAUCCUCCUGCCGUCCCCGAUCUCUACUUUGCAUUGCACAGGCUCCUACGUCAUGGCGCUCACCGCUGCAGCCACACUGUCCGUCUGGGAUGUUCAUAGACAGGUGGUUGUGGUGAAAGAAGAGUCUCUACACUCCAUCUUGGCAGGAAGUGAUAUGACAGUAUCACAGAUCUUGUUGACGCAGCAUGGAAUCCCAGUAAUGAACUUGUCCGAUGGGAAGGCGUACUGCUUUAAUCCGUCACUUUCUACAUGGAACCUGGUUUCUGACAAGCAGGACUCACUGGCUCAGUGUGCAGACUUUAGGAGCAGCCUGCCAUCCCAGGACGCCAUGCUGUGCUCAGGACCGUUAGCCAUAAUCCAGGGCCGCACCUCCAACUCGGGAAGGCAGGCUGCCCGGCUCUUCUCCGUGCCUCAUGUGGUGCAGCAAGAAACCACCCUGGCCUACCUAGAGAACCAGGUGGCAGCAGCACUCACCCUGCAGUCCAGCCACGAGUACCGCCAUUGGCUCCUCCUCUACGCACGGUACCUUGUAAAUGAAGGGUUUGAAUACCGACUUCGAGAAAUAUGCAAGGACUUACUGGGUCCGGUUCACUACUCCACUGGAAGCCAGUGGGAGUCAACAGUAGUGGGUCUGCGGAAGAGGGAGCUGCUGAAGGAGCUGCUGCCAGUCAUCGGGCAGAACCUCCGAUUCCAGCGCCUCUUCACGGAGUGUCAGGAACAGCUCGACAUCCUGAGGGACAAGUAGACUGCCCCAGCCUGCCCUGGCUGCAGCAAGGGCAGGGCCACACUCUUGCCACUGAUGACACGCAGGGCCUCCUCUCACCUGGCCAGGCUGCAGAGGAAGAAGACACUGGCAGGAGAUGUGCUGUCCUACACCAGCGCCAGCCCAGCUCUCUGGGCAGAUGUGCCCUGUGUCCUGGGCCUGACGUUGCCUCUGGAAGGGGAAGCUCGUCCCUCCCUCCAGGUCCCCUAUGCGGAGCUGGGGCUGGAGCUCUGCCCAGGUGCCCUGGGGCCAGCAAGGCAUUUCCAGGUCUGCUGUCUCCAGCACGGCCCCAAGGUGGACACUAGCCCCUGCUGCUGCAGGCGCAGUGCUGCUUCAGCAGUGAUGAUUGAGCCAUUUGUGAGAGAGAAUCUGAAAGCGUUAGGUAUUAUGCAGUCAGCAGACUGACCUGAGACCUAUGUAAAAGGAAAGCUGUUCCAACACAUGGACUAUUUUUGUACUAGAAUUUGCUAACUUGUAAUAUGGAAUUUCCUUUGGCCGAUAAUCAGGAUUUCCCUAUAAGUCACUUGGACAUUGGUCACUUGUAGGAAAUUUAAACUCUAAUUAUGACAGCUACACUGAAAAAUAAUUGUACUGAAAUUAACUUGUCUAUCUUCAUUUGGUUUUAAUUUUUAAAUGUUUGUAAAAAGAGACUGUUUUGGGGGAAUGGGGCAAAGGGGUGGGCAAUUUCUUUUGUAAGUGUAAAAUAAAUGAACACGCAUUGGAUACCAAACCCUCCUGAUUUCUGUUGCCUUUCCUUCUUUCAUCCUCCCCACACUGUGCAUCUCUCUCCUGAAGUAGGCAGUGACAGAACAUGAGAGCCAGAAGGCAUCUUUUGUGUCAUCUGAUUCCCCCGUCAUGGUUAAUACUGAGUGUUGACUUGUUUGGAUUGAAGAAUGCAAUAUUGAUCCUGGGUGUCUAUGAGGGUGUUGCCAAAGGAGAUUAACAUUUGAGUCAGUAGGGCUGGGGAAGGCAGACCCACCCUUAAUUGGGUGGGUGCCAUCUAAUCAGCCAGCAAAUAUAAAACAGGCAGAAAAACACGAAGAGACGAGACAUGACUAGUCUGCCAGCCUACAUCUUCCUCCCGUGCUGGAUGCUUCCUGCCCUUGAACAUCAGACUCCCAAGUUCUUCAGUUUUGGGACUUGGACUGGCUUUCCUUGCUCCUCAGCUUGCAGACAGUAUAUUGUGGGAUCUUGUGAUCAUGUAAGUUAAUACUUUAUAAACUAUAUAUCCUACUCAUUCUGUCCCUGUAGAGAACCCUAAUAUACCCCCCAUGCAGAAAUUCAUUUCACAGUAUAGAGGGGUCACUUCUGUGGUCAUGCAGCAUCAUAUGUCACUUUGCACACAUGAUCUCCCAAGUGAGGUGUCAUGGUUCUUGGUUCUGGUCUUGCUAUGCUCCAGGUCCAGAUCAUACUGUGCACCAAUGGCUGCAGCUGACUGGACAAUUUCAUGAAAGGAAAUCAGUAUAUACAGUCUUGGGUAUACUGGAGAAUUAUCGGGAAAGUUGCAAUAUUCUUAGAAAGUGGUCCAGACGUUGAUCUACAGGAGAAGAGAUAGAAUCACAGAAUCUUGAAGCACAGUGAGGGAUGAGCACCACCCAUUCCUGGGUUCUGAUCUUUGUCAUCAUCACCCUGUGUGUGGAAGGAGCCCUGGACUUGGAAUCAGAGGCCUGGGCAACUGAUCACUGAUCUCUGGCUGCUUCCCCACCUAGCAGCCAUUCCACUCCAUGCCUCCCUCAGAUGUCAGGUGGCUGGAUGAGACCCAGGGAUGUGUGCAUGCCAAACAAAGCCAGCACAUUGUGUUUGUGUGCAUGCAUUGACAGAGCAAGACUGUCUCAAAAAAAGUUAUGACUCAGAACUCAAGAGCAAAUACAACAAAAAAGUAGACAAAUUAGACAAACUAAAAAGCUUCCAUACAGCAAAAGAAAUAACAGAGUAACAACACACGUCUAUUUGAAUGGCUUACAUUUUUUAAAAAGACAAUAAUGAAUAUUAGUGAGGAUGUGGAGCAACUGGAACUCUUGCAUUGCUGGUAGCUAGAGUAGUUACUUUGACAAACAGUGUGAUAGUUCCUCAUAGAAUUAAACAUACACUUGCCGUAUAACCUACGUACUCUAUUCCUAAGGCUGUUGGUUUUUCUUGCUGAGAUAGAGUACAUUUUCCUCAGAGAAGGAUGGCUCAGGCCGGGCGUGGUGGCUCACGCCUGUCAUCCCAGCACUUUGGGAAGCCAAGGCGGGUGGAUCACUUGAGGCUAGGAGUUCAGGAACAGCCUGACCAACAUGGUGAAACCCUGCCUCUACUAAAAAUAAUUUUUAAAAAAAUAGCCAGGCGUGGUGGCAGAUGCCUGUAGUCCUAGCUACUCAGGAGGCUGAAGCAGAAGAAUUGCUUGACUCCAGGAGGCAGAAGUUGCAGUGAGCCGAGACCAUGCCAUUGCACUCUAGCCUGGGCAACAGAGCAAGACUCUGUCUCAAAUAAAAAAAAAAAAAAAAGGAUGGCUCAUGCUUAUGAUGCACUUAAAAAAACACAGCUUUACUGAAAUAAUUAACAGCAUGCAGUUUACACUUUAAUGGUUUUCAGUGUAGUUACGUCAUAUGUGCAGCCAUCACCACAGCCAUUAUUAGAAUCUUUUCAUCACCUCAAAAAGAAACCCCACACACUUUAUCAUGCCCUGUCCCCUGAUUCCCAUUAUUCUGAAGCAACCACCAAUCUGCUUUCCAUUUCUACAGAUUUGCUUAUUCAGAACAUUUCAUAGAAAUGGAAUCACAGAAUAUUGCUAUUUUGUCUGGCUGCUUUCACUUAGCAUAAUUAUUUUCAAGGUUCAUCCAUGUUGUAGCUGGUACUAUUCCACUUCUUUUUAUGACCAAAUAAUAUUCCGUUGUAUGCAUCAUUUUGUUUACCUGUUCUUCUGUUUAUGGACAUUUGGAUUGUUUCCACCUUUUGAGAAUUAUGCAUAAUGGUACUAUAAACAUUUGUGUGUAAGUUUUUAUGUGGAAAUGUGUUUUCAUUUAUCUUGGAUAUGUAAUAUAUAGGCUUAGGAGUGGAAUUGCUCAGUCCUAUGAUGACUCUAUGACUCAUAUGACUGAGCCGUAUGAUAACUGUUUAUCAAACUGUCAUUCUGCCUUCCAGUAUGGCUGCUCCAUUUUAUAUUUAUAUCACCAGUGUAUGAGGUUUCCAAUUUUCCCACAUCUUUGCCAACACUUCCUAUUGCCAAGUAUGUGUGUAUGCAUGUUUAUAUUUUUUUAUGAAGAAGAGGGUCUUGCUGUUGCCCAUGCUUGCCUUGAACUCCUGUGCUCAAGCAAUCCUCCUGCCUUGGCCUCCCAAAGCACUGGGAUUACAGCUGUGAGCCACCACAUCCAGGCUAUCAGGUUGUUUUAAAUAAAGGCAUCAUAGUGUGUAUAAAGCGAUGUCUGAGAGUGGUUUGAUUUGUAUUUCCCUAGUGACUGAAUAUGUUGAGCAACCUCUCAUGUGCUUAUUAGUCACUUGUGUGUCUUAUAUGAAGAAAUGUCUAUUUGGAUCCUUUGCCAACUUUUAAAUUGGAUUGUCUUUAUCAUUGAGUUUGUGAGAGUUUUUAUCAUUCUACAUAAAAAUAUUCCUUAUCAGCUGGGUGCCAUGGCUCGUGCCUGUAAUCUCAACACUUUGGGAGGCCAACGCAGGAGGAUCACUUGAGCCCAGGGGUUUGAGACUAGCCUGGACAACAUAAUGGGACCCCAUCUCUAUAAAAAAAUGAAUUAUCCAGCAUGGUGGUGGAGGCUAAGCAGGGUGGAUCACUUGAGCCUGGGAGGUUGAGGCUGCAGUGAACCAUGAUGGCACCACUGUACUUCAUCCUGGGUGACAGACAGACCCUAUCUGAAUGUUUUCUUUUGUUGCUCCCACUGUUGGUCUCACAUUUAAGAAAUCACUUGGCCGGGCACGGUAGCUCAAGCCUGUAAUCCCAGCACUUUGGGAGGCAGAGGCGGGUGGAUCACAAGGUCAAGCGAUCAAGACCAUCCUGAUCAACAUGGUGAAACCCUGUCUCUACUAAAAAAAUACAAAAAAUUAGCUGGGCAUGGUGGCGUGUGUCUGUAAUCCCAGCUACUCAGGAGGCUGAGGCAGGAGAACUGCCUGAACCCAGAAGGCGGAGGUUGCGGUGAGCCGAGAUCACGCCAUUGCACUCCAGCCUGGGUAACAAGGGUGAAACUCUGUCUCUAAAAAAAAAAAAAAAGAAAUCACUACCACAUCCAAGUUGAUACAAAUUCACCCUUAGGUUUCUAUUAGGAGUUUGAUAAUGUUAGCUUUUACAUUGAGAACACAGGUUCAUUAAGGUUUUGUAUGUGAUGUGAAGAGUUCAACGUCAUUAUUUUGCGUGUGGCCAUCCGGAUGUCCCAGCAUCAUUUGUUGAAAGACUAUUUUUACCCCAUUGAAUGGGCUUGGCACCCUUCUUGAAAAUCAGGAGACCACAGACACAUGGGUUGUUUCUGGACUCUCAGUUGUAUUCUAUUGAAAUAUAUGUCUGUGGCACACUGUCUUGAUUACUGUUGCUUUAUAGAAAGUUUUGAAAUAAGGAAGUGUGAGUCCUCCAACCAAGUUGUUAUUUUCAAGGUUGUUUUUGCUAUUCUGGGGCCUCUAAGUCUCCUUACAAAUUUUAGGAUUAAUUUGUCAAUUUCUGUAAAGGAAUCUGUAAUUCUAGGGGCUGUGAUAAUCUAUAAUCUGGGGAGUAUUGCUAUCUUAUUAACAGGUCUUCCAAUCAAUGAACAUAAACAUCUAUCCAUUUAGUUAGGUUUUCUCUAAUUUCUUUCAACAAUGUUUUGAAGUUUCCAGAACAUGUUUUGUAGUUCUUUUGUAAAAUCCAUUCCCAUGUAUCUUAUUCUUUUAGAGGCUAUUCUAAGUGGAAGUGUUUUAUUUUUUCAAAAGAUAAGAAUGUUGCUAUGUUGCCCAGGCUACUCUCGAACUCCUGAGCUCAAGCAAUCCUCCUGCCUCAGCCUCUUGAAUAGCUGGGACUACAGGUGCACACAUCACACCUGGUUAAGGAAAUGUUUUUUAAAUUUCACUUCCAGAUCAUUCAUUACAAGUUUAUAAAAAUACAUUGAUUUUUGUAUAUUAAUCUUGUAUCCUGCAAUCUUACUGAACUCAUUUAUUAGUUCUAGUAGUUUUUUCCUGGACUCAAGAAUUUUCUUUAUACAAGAUCAUGUCAUCUUUGAAUAGAGAUAGUAUUACUUAUUUUCUUUUCUGGAUGCCUUUUCUUUUUCUUGCCUAAUUGCUCUGGCCAAAACCUCUAGUACAAUAUGAAAUACAAGUGCUAAGAGUGGGCAUUCUUGUCUUAAUACUGAUUUCAGGAGGAAAGCAUCCAGUCUUUCACCAUUAAGUAUUAUACUAAUUAUGGGCUUUUCACAGAUGACCUUUAUCAGGUUGAGGAAAUUCCCCUCUAAUUCUACUUAAUUAUUAUUAUUAUUUUUUUAGAUGGUGUCUCUCUCUGUCACUCAAGCUGGAGUGCAAUGAUCCUAUCUUGGCUCACUUGCAACCUCUGUCUCCCGAGUUCAAGCAGUUCUCCUGCCUCAGCCUCCCGAAUAGUUGGGAUUACAGUGCCCACCACCAAGCCUGGCUAAUUUUUUGUAUUUUUUAGUAGAGAUGGGGUGUCAUCAUGUUGGCCAGGCUGGUCUUGAACUUCGAACCCCGGUGAUCCACGUGCCUUGGCCUCCCAAAGUGCUGGGAUUACAGGCAUGAGCCACCACGCCCAGUCUUGUUCAUUUCAUCUAAGCUACAAUUGUUGAUAGUAUUUCUCCUUUUUUUAACCCUGAUUCUCUACAUAUAAUUUUUAACCCUCAUUCUCCACAUAUUUCUUUUGUUUUAAUUUUUUUCAUAAUAUUUCUUUAUAAUCCUUUCUUUUUUUUUUUAAGAUUGGUUGCCCAGGCUGGCCUUUUAACUCCUGGCCUCAAGCAAUCCUCCUACCUCAUCAUCCCCAGUAGCUGGAACUACAGGUGUGCUCCACCAUACCCAGCUAUUACCCUUUUCAUUUCUGUAAGGUGGAUAGUAACGUCCUCUCUUUCACACCUGAUCUAAUAAUUUUAGUUUUCUCUCAUUUGCUUGGCCAAUAUAGCAAGGUUUGUCAAUUUUGUUGAUCUUUUCAAAUAGCCAGCUUUUGGUUUCCUUUCUGUAUUGUUUUCCUAUUUUCUAUUUCCUUCCUUCCUCUGCUGGCUUUAGGUGUAGUUUGGCCUUCAUUUUCAGUGUCUUAAGUAGAAGGUUACAUGAUUAAAGCUAUAAAUUCCCUCUGAGCACUGCCUUAGCAGGAUCCCAUGAGUUUUGGUAUAUUGUGUUUUCAUUUGUAUUUAUCUCAAACUAUUUUCUUUUCUGUUCAUUCAUUCAUUCAUUCAUUUAUUGAGACGGAGUUCUGCUCUGUCACUCAGGCUGUAGUGCAGUGGUAUCAUCUCAGCUCACCUCUGCCUCUCUGGCUCAAGCAAUUCUCCUGCCCCAGCCUCUCAAGUAGCUGGGAUUACAGGCAUAUGCCACGGCCUGGCUAAUUUUUUUUUUUUUUUUUUUUAGAUAAAGUUUUGAUCUUUUUUUGCCCAGGCAGGAGUGCAAUGGCUCAAUCUUGGCUCACUGCAACCUCCUCCUGGGUUCAAGUGAUUCUCCUGCCUCAGCCUCCUGAGUAGCUGGGAUUACAGACGUGCACCACCACACCCAGCUAAUUUUGUAUUUUUAAUAGAGACAGGGUUUCACCAUGUUGGUCAGACUGGUCUCGAACUCCCGACCACAGGUGAUCCACCUGCCUUGGCCUCCCAAAAUGCUAGGAUUACAAGUGUGAGCCACUGCGCCCGGCCACACAAAGUAUUUCCUAAUUUCCCUUUUAUUUUCUUCUUUGACCCAUUGGUCAUUUAGAGUGUGCUGUUAAAUUUCCACACCUUUGUGAAUUUCCCAACUUUCCAACUUUUCUUCUGUUAUUGAUCUAAUUGUAUUCCAUCGUGUUUUAAAAAAUACUUUGUAUUAUUUUUACCCUUUACAUUUACUGAGGUUUGAUUUACAGCUUGGCAUAUGCUGUACCCUGGAGAAUGUUCCACAUCAACUUGAGAAAAUGUGUAUUCUACUUAAGCAGAGCUGUGUUACUCACAUAUGGCCACGCCACUUGCCUUUCACCAUUUCACUUUCUUAACCCAUGCUAACCACCAAUCUGUUUUCCACUUCCGUAAUUUUCUCAUUUCAACAAUGUUAAUGUUAAUGCCAUGCCUACCUAACCUACUGAAAUUUUCUUUUUCACUCAGGAUAAUUAUCUGGAGUUAAUUCAAGUUGUUGUGUGUAUUAUUACUUCACUAUUUUUUAUUUAUUUAUUGCUAAUGAGUAUUUCAUGGGUUUCUGCACUGUUUAUUUAACCAUUCAUCUACUCAGGACAUCAGGGCUAAUUUCAGUUUUCUGUGAUUACAGUUAAACCCUGAAAUUAAAAUUUUUGUUUGAACAUAAGCAUUUGAUUUUGUGGAAUAAAUUUCCAAGAGGGCAAUUACUGGGGUCUUAUGUGGAGUUUUCUCAAGAUGACAAAGUAUUUUCCACAAAGCUGUACCAUUUUACAUUCCAGCAAUGGAUGAGUGACCAAGUUUUUCCACAUGCUCAUCAGCAUUUGUUGUCACUAUUAAUUUUAGCCAUCUUGACAGGUGUAAUUUUAGUUGGCAUUUUUGUAAUACCUAAUGAUGCUCAGCAUCUUUUCAUGUGCUUAUUUGCAAUUCAUAAAUCUUCAAUGAAAUAUAAUAAUUUUCAUGUCUUCUCUCCCUUUUUCUGAGACAGUCUCACUCUGUCACCCAGACAGGAGUGCAGUGGUGCAACCACAGCUCACUGCAGCCUUGACCCGCCCCCCAAGCUCAAGCAAUCCUCCCAGUACAGCCUUCUAAGUACUAGGACUACAGGUAGGCACAACCAUGUCUGGCCAAUUUAAAUUUUUUGUUUUUGUAGAGACAGGAUCUCACUGUGUUGCCUACGCUAGUCUCGAACCCUUGAACUCAAGUGAUCCUCCUGCCUCAGUCUUCCAAAAUGUUAGGAUUACAGACGUGAGCCACGAUGCCAAGCUUGUUAUGUCUUCUCAAAGUAUAGAUCCCUUUGUCACAGGGAUCAUGCUCCUUUUGACCAUAGAGUAGUUCUAUAAACUGUAUUUUUGGUUUCUACAAGUGGCAUCACGAACCUGCUGAAUUCCAGGCUAGAAUCCAGCUUCAGCAACUUCUUGUCUCUAUCACCCUUCAGUCAGAGUGUGAUGCUUUCCCCAACAUAUCUGCAGAUGAGUCCUAUUCUUUACUUAUGAAAGAACCAGUGGCUGUCCUUAAGGCCAACAGAGUUUGGGGAGCAAACAGAGUUUGGUUUGCCAGUUAAUUUAUCAAGAUUCUUAAGGGAUUUUCACCAUCAGUGGAUCCACCAUUAUUGAUUCUCCAAGGUUUUCUCAUAGAGGAAUUUCAAUUGAUGCAUCCAGACACUAUCUGCCAGUUAAGAUUCUUCUUAAAACUCUGGACGCCAUGGCUUUGAAUAAGUUUAAUGUGUUCACUGGCACAUAGUUGAUGACCAGUCUUUCCCCUAUCAGAGCAUUGCUUUUCCUGAGUUAAGCAAUAAAGAAAGCUAUUCUUUAUCUCCGGGUUAUACACCAAAUGAUGUCCAUACAGUGAUUGAAUAUGCCAGAUUAUGAGGAAUUCCAGUCCUGCCAGAAUUUGAAACCCCUGGACAUACGCUAUCUUGGGGAAAAUGUCAGAAAGACCUCCUGACUCCAUGUUAGAGUAGAAAAAACAAGUUGGUCUCCUUUGGACCUAUAAACCCUACUCUGAAUACAACAUGCAGCUUCCUUACUGCAUUUUUUGAAGAAAUUAGUGAGGCGUUUCCAAAUCAAUUCAUUCAUUUGGAAGGAGAUGAAGUGGAAUUUAAGUGUUGGGAAUCAAAUCCAAAAAUUCAAGAUUUCCUGAGGCAAAAAGGCCUUGGCCAGAUUUUAAAAAGCUAGAAUCUUUCUACAUUCAAAAGCUUUUCUAUAUUAUUGCAACCAUAAACAAGGGAUCCAUUGUCUGGCAGGAGGUUUUUGAUGAUAAAGUGAAGCUUGAGCCGGGCACAAUAGUUGAAAUGUGGAAAGACAGCGGGUAUCCUGAGGAACUCAGUAGAGUCACAGUGUCUGGCUUCCCUGUAAUCCUUUCUGCUCCUUGGUACAAUUAAUUAUGGACAAGAUUUGAGGAAAUACUAUAAAGUGGAACCUCCUGAUUUUGGUGGUACUCAGGAACAGAAACGACUUGUCAUUGGUGGAGAAGCUUGUCUAUGAGGAGAAUAUGUGGAUGCAACUAACCUCACUCCAAGAUUAUGGCCUCGGGCAAGUGCUGUUGGUGAGAGACUCUGGAGUUCCAAAGAUGUCAGAAAUAUGGAUGAUGCCUAUGACAGAGUGACAGGGCAACGCUGCAGAAUGGUCACACGUGGAAUAGCUGCACAACCUCUUUUUGCUGGAUAUUGUAACCAUGAGAACAUGUAAAAGUGCAGGCGGAUAAAGGCCAUAGCAGUCUGUACUACAAUCAACUUCAUUUUGAAAUCAUAUAAAUUCAGAUAUUAGACUGUUUUUUGAAUAAAAUAUUUUUAUUGAUUGAA